AGUCCAUCACUGUCAGCACCAGCAUGUCUUACAGCGUGACCCUGACCGGGCCUGGGCCCUGGGGCUUCCGUCUACAGGGGGGCAAGGACUUCAACAUGCCGCUCACUAUCUCCCGGAUCACACCCGGCAGCAAGGCGGCCCAGUCCCAGCUCAGCCAGGGUGACCUCGUGGUAGCCAUCGACGGCGUCAACACAGAUACCAUGACUCAUCUGGAGGCCCAGAACAAGAUCAAGUCUGCCAGCUACAACCUGAGUCUCACACUGCAGAAGUCAAAGCGACCAGCUCCCAUCUCCAUGGCAACACCUCCAAUCCAGUCCCCUCUGCCGGUGAUCCCCCACCAGAAGGUGGUAGCCAACUCUCCAGCCAAUGCUGACUACCAGGAACGCUUCAACCCAAACGCCCUGAAGGACUCGGCCCUGUCCACCCACAAACCCAUCGAGGUGAAGGGGCUGGGCGGCAAGGCCACCAUCAUCCACGCGCAAUACAACACCCCCAUCAGCAUGUACUCCCAGGACGCCAUCAUGGAUGCCAUCGCAGGGCAGGCCCAGGCCCAGGGCAGUGACUUCAGUGGGAGCCUUCCUGUUAAAGACCUUGCUGUGGACAGUGCCUCUCCUGUGUAUCAGGCUGUGAUUAAGAACCAGAACAAGCCAGAAGAUGAGGCUGAUGAGUGGGCCCGCCGCUCCUCCAACCUUCAGUCUCGCUCUUUCCGCAUCCUGGCCCAGAUGACAGGGACAGAAUACAUGCAAGACCCUGAUGAAGAAGCUUUGCGAAGGUCAAGCACCCCUAUUGAGCAUGCUCCAGUGUGCACCAGCCAGGCCACCACCCUGCUGCUGCCUGCUUCUGCCCCGUCGCCUGCUGCUGCCUCUCCCAGCGCAGCCUUGCUGCAACCCCUGGCUGCAACCACUGCCCACGCUACUACUGCCUCUGCCACGGCCCUUGCUUCCAGCCGUGCAGGAAGUCCAAGGCCCCAGGCCUCUGCUUACAGUACCACCAAGGCAACCUCUCCAGCACCUGCUGCCCACACAUACACCGAAGCCCCAGCUGCCCCUGCACCCAAGCCUCGGGUCGUCACCACUGCCAGCAUUCGGCCUUCUGUCUACCAGCCAGUGCCUGCAUCUACCUACAGCCCAUCCCCGGGGGCCAAUUACAGUCCAACUCCCUAUAACCCCUCCCCUGCCCCUGCCUAUACCCCCUCCCCUGCCCCUGCCUAUACUCCCUCCCCUGCCCCUACCUUCUCCCCCUCCCCUGCCCCCACCUACUCCCCCUCUCCAGCACCAGCCUAUACCCCAUCACCUGCCCCAAGCUAUAACCCUGCUUCAUCAGUGGCCUACAGUGGAGGCCCUACUGAAUCUGCCAGCCGCCCCCCUUGGGUGACAGAUGACAACUUUUCUCAGAAGUUUGCCCCUGGCAAGAGCACCACCACCCUCAGCAAGCAGUCUCUGCCUGGAGGGACCCCUGCCUAUACCCCAGGUUCCCAGGUGUCCCCUCUUGCUAGGGGUACCUUCCAAAGGGCUGAGCGCUUCCCAGCCAGCAGCCGGACCCCGCUCUGUGGCCACUGCAACAAUGUCAUCCGGGGCCCCUUUCUGGUAGCUAUGGGCCGCUCCUGGCACCCAGAAGAGUUCAACUGUGCCUACUGCAAGUCCUCCCUGGCAGACGUAUGCUUUGUGGAGGAGCAGAACAACGUUUACUGUGAGCGGUGUUAUGAGCAGUUCUUUGCCCCAACCUGUGCCAAGUGCAACACCAAAAUCAUGGGGGAAGUGAUGCAUGCCCUGAAACAGACGUGGCACACCACUUGCUUCAUCUGUGCAGCCUGCAAGAAGCCCUUUGGGAAUAGCCUCUUCCACAUGGAAGAUGGGGAGCCCUACUGUGAGAAAGACUAUGUCAACCUGUUCAGCACCAAGUGUCACGGCUGCGAUUUCCCUGUGGAGGCUGGUGACAAGUUUAUUGAAGCCCUGGGGCAUACCUGGCAUGACACCUGCUUCAUUUGUGCUGUAUGCCAUGUGAAUCUGGAGGGGCAGCCAUUCUACUCCAAGAAGGACAAACCCCUGUGCAAGAAGCACGCGCAUGCCAUCAAUGUGUAGGGAGCCUGGGGCACCUGAUGUGGACAGGCAGGAGCUGCUCCUGCCUCUGGCAACAAAGGAUUCAAGAAGGCUGAUGUUUCUUUUUGGAGGAAAGAGGGAAGACAGGAAGCAACUGAGCUCUUUUGAAGUAUAAUUUUAGUCCUUUCUUCUAUACACAGAUUGUGUAUUUGCAUAGUUCAGACUAGAAGCCAAAUGAAGAUUCCUAAACCAAGUUAGUAAUUAAUCCAAGACUGGAAUUGUACUUUCAGACAUUUAGGACAGAAUUCCAAGAACUCAAAAGUGAAAAACAAAAAGUAACUUUCCCAAAGUGAUAUACUUCCCGAAGUCAGCAGAGCAGGGACCGAGCUCAGGGCAGUCAGGGAGAAUCUGAAGCAUUCUGUGGAAUUCUCUAGAGCCCUUCUGACAAGUGAAAUAAAGUGCCAAACAGUCUGUGCUGCAGGGUAUUUUUAGCGCCAGAGUUGAGAGAUUGUUAGCUCAGAUCAAUGGGGCUUUCCUCACCAAAAAAAGAAGUAUUAUUCCAUUACUAGUGUCAGGGAGCUACCUCCGAGCAUCAAGACUUCAGUCCUUGAACAGAGUUGAACAUUCUAAAGGGAGCCCAGACAUGCAGAAUGAUGUCUUCUGGGAGCCAAUGGGCAAUUGACUUGGCUUCCGGGAGGGCUCUGGCUCAUGCUGCUGACAGCUGCCCUCUUUCAGACCGAAAUAUCCAAUGUCCCAGAAGGCUUACCUCCUUUUUGAAUUGCUACAGGAAAGUGAAAUUGGAUUUUUCCAGUUUUGCUUUGCUGUGUGUGAGAAAUGAUUAUGAAAUGACUCUGGCUUCUGUUUGGUCUUUGUUUUGCUUUAUGAGGUUCGUUAGCAUGAAUGUCCAGUCAUAUAUUUUGCUCCCAGUCCUAUGCUCACUUAUGAAGUCUUCCUCAGCACUGCUUCACCAACAGGCUUAGUGACCUGUGAAAAAGAAGAGACAGUGUCUGACACAGGAUGGCAGCAUAGGCUGAGAACAUACCCAAACUCUGGGUGGGGAAGAGGAAACUUAAAUUCUGCCAACCUCAGUCAAAAUGCAUGAAUUGGCGGGACCUCCCACUUUAGAUCAGCCCCAUCCUUCUCAUAUGUUCCUUUAAAUAUAGCACACUGGUUAUGUAUCAUUCAUUGUGUUGACUGCUGGAAGGAAAAGAUGGACUGAUAUAUACUCAUUUGCUAUUUUGACCAAUAUUUUGAAAAUAUAUCAACUGGGUUGAUCUAGCAAUUAUUUAAGUAUUUACUGUAAUAGACUUGGGUCUUCUCACUUUUUUAAAAUAUUAGUGUGAGUAUGUGUUACGUAAGCAUUUUGAAGAUGUUCGGGGAUAAAAAGAGAAGCUUUAGUUUCUGAGGUUGGAAAUGAUAUAUAGUCUCUUUCCCUUUCAGGAAACACUGUUAUUAUGCUCAUUGAACAUGGCAUUGAAGUAAGCAGUUUGAGUGGAUGUUUCUCACUUGAGCACAAUAGUUAGGCACUCUCCCAACUUACUGCUACUCUCUUCUCACUCCUGUUUUGGAUUUUCUCUUUGCACGCUUGAAAUCUUUUAUGAGAAUGCAUUAGAACACUUUUUCGUCUGAGAACUGAGCUUCCAGAGGACUGCCAUAGGUCCCUUUCUACCUGCAUAGGUCCCUUUUCCCCAAGGGAGAAGGAAGCAGCUAGAUGUGUCCCUAGCAAAAAGACUGUUUCUUUCCAAGGGUAAAGCCACCAGAUCAAAAUGUGCUCCUGCCACAGGCCCUUAUUUAACUUGGUGCUGUGAGAAAGUGAAUAUAAAGCACCAGGCGGGGUAAAAUCUGUGUGAAGUGCCUGGAGAUUUUUCAGGAGUUGCACACAAGUACCUUGGAGCAUUCUGCUAUUUUUGGAAAGUUAAAAAAUGCAGGGACAAGGAGGUUGCUGACUGUACAGAAAGGCUCUAAGCAGGUUUUCUCUUUAAAAAGAAAAGAACCAAAACUAUUAAAUGAUCAGGGACUGGUCAUAAGGAAAGGUGAAAAGUUCCCUAGAGUUAAGUUUCCAAAAAUAUCUUUUAAAAAGGGUCUUUACACACACACACACACACACACACACACACAAAAUCAUUAAAAAGUAUGUGAUCAUUAAAAAGAAAAGUGAAAUAUCUCAAAGUAGAACUUCAUCAUAGUCAUUUAUUGGAUUAGAACUAGAGCUAGUCAGAGUUAGUGUAGAUUCUGAAGGACUCUAUUAUUUACCAAAACACCAAGCAAACAAAAAAUUGUUUUAAAGGUAGCGGGGAAAGGAGGUAGUUCUAAAUAUGGUUCUCUCCGUGUUUUUAAGUUUGGCAUGGCAUCAGGAUUAAGGCCAUUUCUAGUUCAAGCUAACAUCAUGGAUGGCCUGCAACACCAAACAGUUUUUAAUAGUUCAUGGUGGGGAGUACACUUUGGAUCUACGGAUCUUGUCUCCUUAUUGCUGACAUUUAUUUAACCUUUAUAAACAUUAACUUUUUGCACCUGAGUGACUUGUAUUUGCAGUGUUUGUGUUAGGAAUCUAGCUUUUAUAAUGUUAACUUUUCAACCCAUGUACUUUUGCUUUGGGAUUUUUUAAAAAUUUUACGAUUUUAGAAGUGGAAUAUAGUGUGUUAGAGGUGUGCAAAAGUAUUUCGCAUGUUUUUCUUUUUUUUGCCCAUGUGGAUUUUACUUUUUAGCAAAAUAAAACCCAAAAAAGACUGUGCAAAUACAGUUUUCUGUGUAGUUUUUUCAUGUGACACCAAAAGUAGGUUUUCUCUAUAUGGCCAUCAAUAAAGUUCAAGAGAAAACAAAAUGCCCUGUGGAGAAGAAACACAUACAGCGCACUUGCUCUGUUGGCUGUGUGGCCUAGAGGCAUUUUUAUGUGAAUAAUACAUAUAAUGCAUACAAAGGGAUUUUCCAGGUAAAUAAUAAACUGAAGAC